UUCAUUGGCGUUUUCAUUGUCUCGUUGUUUGUCUGGAUGAACUUUUCUUGCUACUUGUAAAAAAGCUUUUCUUAUUUCUGAUGGUCUCGCAUUGGGUUUUAACUGCAACCUUUCAUAAAGUCUACUAGUUGUUUCCAUGAAAGUCAGGCGUGGGACGGUAAUCACAAGAAAAUUCCAAAAUAAGAGAAUAUUUGUCAUGUCCGAUCAAGUCACGUUGCGACACAGAAAGAACCAAUCUCCUCCUUCGAACCUUGUCCAUCAGGAAAAAGAAAACUCAGAUAAAAGCCAUGAUGAUGAGAAAACUCAAUCUAAUUGGGAAGAGGACUCAUGGAACAAUCAACAAGAUGGUGUACUGCCUUCCAAAGUAAGAAUAGGCAUUCUUGCUUGUGGUGAAAGAUUUCUCCUUCCUCCUUUACCCGAUAUGAUGGAGGCACUACUUAAUCCUACUUUAUGGACCCUCUUUGAAGUGUUUAGCAAUAUAUGUACGUUGGGUUUAUUGUAUUGUUUUCUAUUUGCAGCCCAACUGCAUUAUGCUUUCUAUGUUGUCGUAUUCUUGUUUUGGAGAUUGGCCUAUAAUGUCUUUCUAGGUGUGAUUCUCGACGGUCAAAGCAAAAGAGGACUUUUUAUAUCAUUUUAUCGACGGUUACCAGAUAACCUUAGAGUGUGGUUACUCAAGCCUUAUCGAAGGAAGCUAUCUAAAUAUACUGAGGAUUCGUAUCCCGACGAAUUCUGGUCUUGGUUAGUCUUUCGUGGAAUAGCAACUAUAAUAUUGGCUAAUGAUGGAGUUGCUUUCUUCUUUUUGGCAUUGAAGAGUUUUCGAUGGCCCAAUGCAUUCACUUGGCAACUUGUCAGUUGUUAUGCUUUAGGAUUCUCCCUUUUGAUAUUUUGUUUUUGGUCCAAAGUCUCAGCUCAUCGAUGUAUUGGAGACUAUGCGUGGUUUUGGGGAGACUUUUUUUUUCGAAUUCAAGGAGAGUUGGUAUUUGAUGGAGUAUUCGAACUGUUUCCUCACCCUAUGUAUACUAUUGGUUAUGCUGCUUAUUAUGGAAGUUGUCUCAUAGCGCAAUCCUACAACUUGUUGUUUAUUUCAUUAUUUUCACAUGGCAGUCAACUCUUAUUUCUUAUGUUGGUAGAAGAGCCUCAUAUUCAGAGAUUAUAUUCCAAACCCAAUCAUGACAAGUACAAUACUGGAAUACCUCAAACAGGAGAUGAUUCUCUCAUUCAUGCCGAUUAUGUUCGUUCUGGUAGUGAGUUAACUGGUCUUCUUCACAUAUUUCUAUUAAGAAGCAGUGAUUUUGCAUUGUUUGUUUUACUCAGUUGGCUUAUUCUAUUCAGCAUAUUUUCUACGAGUAGCAAAACUUUUUAUAUAAUGCAUGUUAUAUUUUGGAGAUGUUUUCAUUGGAUAGGAUUGGGCUAUCUUUUAUACAAACAGUCACGUUAUGGAUGGAUUACCAAACAGUUUCAAAGUCGUGGGUAUACUAUGGAAGAAGCCUUUUUAGAAUGGCGUAGAUUAUACAAUUUUUCAUUGGUCAUGAAUCACGCUGUAUUUAUUUCAGCAGCAUUUCGCUUGUGGAUUGCUGAUUAUGGUUUACAAGGCUCCUUUGUUGAGCAUUUUUCUACUUUGAUGAAGUUUGUUCGAUCCAAUAUGCUUUCGUCUUCCAAAUGGGCGACAUUCUCCGGUGGUUUGAUUUGUAUUCUUUUAUCCAUUUAUGGUUCGAUGUCUUCUUAUAUGGCCAUUGGUGAUUAUGGUUGGUAUUAUGGUGACUUUUUCUUUGAACCUAGAACCGAUUCUCCAGUUUAUACGGGUAUUUAUCGAUUUAUGAACAAUCCUGAUUGUAUAUUGGGUCAUUUAUGGAUGUAUGGAAUGGCUGUGAUGGGACGCAAUUGGGAAACAUUUUGGUUUGCCUUGUUAUCACAAGCAUUCAAUGUAUUGUUUUUACAUGUAGUAGAGUCACCUCAUAUUGGUCGUUGUUAUUCGAAGAGAAGAGAAGCAGCUGCAUUGGAAUUACAAUUUCGUAAAGGAGCUGCCAAAGUUGUAUCCACUCCUCUUGUACAACAUUUGACGAGUGCUAUUAAGAUGCGAGCGAAAAAGGAACGAGAAAAGAUUCGAGAUAAAGCAAGAAGAAGACGAAUGGAAUGGAGUCAUCAAGCUACGAGAAUGAAAAUGAAAGUGUUGUAUGCUCGUCAAGAAAGUAAAGCAGCGUUGAGGAAAGCUGCUGAAGAUGUACGUCGAUGGAAUCAACAAGGAUUGUAUACAAAAGUAGUUUGGAGUUUACAACGAAUGAUGGGAGAAAGUUAAUAUAUAUAUAUAUAUAUUUGUGAAA